CUCGAUGCACUGCCGUAUCAAUUUGGCAACCCGUCAAAGGACGGUGUACUGAAAGGCACACGGGUCCUACUCGAAUUCGGGCCUAGCCGCCGCUUCAAGAAAUACAACGUUAGGGGAGACACGCAGCACACUCGCAAUUCCCUUCUCACUUCCUUCCACCCUCGUCGUGGACGAUGCCAACCUCGGGCCGCAGUUCGUUCAUAGCUGCGUUAUUCAUCAUUCUUCAAUGUGCCGCGGUUGUUUUGGGGGAGCUACGGACGAUCGACGACACAUAUGGUGACUCGGUGACCGGAGCGACACCGACGUACCUCGAUACGAACUGCUGGAACCAAGGCCCGAAUUGCUCAGUUUGCGUUUCCCAACCAGACCCAUUACAGGCGCACAACGGGACCUGGCACGACACACAAUCAGAUACAUGCAACAACGUGUUGAUCAACUCCCCCACAGUUCAUACCGUCUCGUUCGCAUUCACCGGCACUUCUCUUUCGGUGUAUUGCAUCCUUACAUCCCAAGGGCCGGAGAUCAAGAUCACAAACCUGGCCUUCGAUCUCGAUGGUGAAACCAGCGCAUCUUUGUUCAACCCGAGCAUCAACGCAACCACCUAUGAAUAUCAAUACAACGUACCUGUCUACAGCAGAUCGUUUUUGAACAAUACACAGCACAACUUCGUGAUGUCAGCUGUACAAGGGACAUCAGUAUCGCUUCUGCUAUUUGACUACGCAACCUAUGAUUAUGAAGACGACGAGAGCGAUGCGAAACCAUCCUCGUCUCAAAGUGCCUCGAGUCAGGCGCCGACUCGGACUGCGUCGAACGUAGCCUCACACCACUGGCAUGGUAAGCGACUGUCUCCUCAGUCUUCCAUCCACAUACCCUCAUUCUAGACAAGGUGUACCGGUCGGUGCCAUUGCUGGCGGCGUAGCUGGUUUCAUCGCCUUUGUGGUGAUCUGCGUCUGCCUCACAAUAUGUUGGCGAAGACGGCGAAGAACACGUCGUAUAACUGAGAUGACUAGCAUCCCUGCGGCUCCCUUCAUUCAUUCUACGAUCACCAACGACUCUGGCGCCGCUCCCGUGCCACAC